GUCGCACCAGAUGUGUGAUAGUUGGCGACUGAGAUAGACGGAUAAGGUUUCUAGUGAGACUUCCCUUUUCAGACUGAUUUGGGAUUUUUCUGACAGAAGUCCCUAGUCUCUGAACAUCUCUGCUCAUGUGAGAGUCAGCCAGUGAUACCUGAGACAUGUCUGAAGAGGUCUGCUAUUCCAGUGUGGUUUUCUCCACACCCUACAACUCCUCAGCUCCAGUCAAAAACAAUGAAGCAACCGUUUAUGCGGAAGUGAAGAAAGCAGAACUGGCUCCAGUGAAGACAGUGAAGACACAUCCUGAGCAAGGAGAUUCCAGAACAACUGGUCAGGAAACUUGGUCCCCUGCACAGACUCCAGUGAAAACUGAGCACAGAUGUCAGCCCCAGCAGGGCGCUAUAGUAUUUCUAAGCCUCACCUGUGCUUCUUUACUGGCUGGUAUCAUCGCUGUCUUUGUCUGCUAUUAUCUUACUACAGGGCAGCUGCGAAAGGACCAGACUUUGCUGGAUGAGAUUUUACAGUUCAGUAAUUUUCCUGUAAAACAAUAUUGUUCAAAAGAGAGAAGAUGCUCACGCUGCGCAAGUGGCUGGAUGUUCAACAAUUCAAAGUGUUAUUUUGUGGACCUUGAUAAACCAUGGAAAACGUGGGAAGACAGUCGUCUUGAAUGCAUCAAAAUGGGGGCUGAUCUGUUAACCAUACAAAACAAGGAGGAACAGAUGUUCAUCAUGAACUUUGCACCCACAUACUAUGACGAAUGGCACGGUUACUGGAUCGGACUGACUGGAAAAGCACAGGACUGGGUCUGGAUCAACGGCUCUUCACUGACCACAGGGUUCUGGGCAGAUGCUGGAAAACAGAAUGGAACUCAUGUUUUAACGAACAUAGACCGUAAAACCCUGAACAGCUGGAGACAAGCUUGGCCUGACAUGCGUAACCGGUGGAUCUGUGAGAACAAGGCCCUGCUGCUCUGAGGUCCGUUAGCGGUACCGGCUCUCCGCUGGUCUGCUGGACGGAGGCCUCUGAUGCUGCUGGGACCAGCUACCUGUGUAACAGUUCUGCCUUUCAGCCUUCAGACAAAUGUCUGUUAUAGAUGUGAAAAAGCAGAUAAACGUCACAAAUAAAACAAAUAAAAGCUUGGAAAGGA